UGUGUGACUAACAUUGGAAACAGCGAAUCAGAAGCUUGUCCGCGUUUUAAACCGACCAAUGAGCGAUUUAUCAUCUUUGUUUGCGGAAGUGGAGCUGCUACCCUCCAGAUGAGUACCUGUUCACUGGAGCAUCCCAACGGGCAGAAGGCCGAAUCUCUCCCAGCCAAGAGGCUCUGCAAGGGGGAGUGCGCGCAGGAUGGGUCGGUCGGAGGUGGAGGGGGGAAGGCAAGCAGGGCCGUGGAGGUGUCUAUAGUCAUACCAGUGCAUAACGCCUCCUGCUGGCUGGAUGAGUGUCUGCAGGGGAUUGUGGACCAGGACUACACUGGCUCUAUGGAACUGUCUGUCUAUGAUGACGCCAGCACUGAUGGUUCCAGAGCGAUAGUGGAGGGAUGGAGGGAGAGGCUGGAAAGGAGAGGUGUUUCCAUGGUGAUCUCUGGCCAUGACUCCGCCCAACCCAGGGGAGUGGGUCAUGCCAAGAACCAGGCUGUGUCUCAGAGCUCAGGAAAGUACCUCUGCUUUCAGGACGCUGAUGAUGUGAUGAUGCCUCAGCGAAUACAUCUCCAAUACGAGGCCUGCCUCUUCAACUCUACCUCUUUGAUUGGCUGUCAGGUCCGCAGGGAUCCAGAGGGAUCUACUGAGCGCUACACACGCUGGAUCAACAACAUCAGCCAGGAUCAACUCAGCACCCAGGUAACACACACUCAGUGUGUGUGUGUGUGUGUGUGGGGGGGGUCGCGUGCCAGGCAGUGACCAUGUCCGAUGGAAACAGGAU